AUGCCGGGCGGUGCGCGGGGUCUGUACCGGCGGAUACUGCUGCUGCACCGGGCGCUGCCGGCCGCCCUGCGGGCGCUGGGGGACCGCUACGUGAAGGAGGAGUUCAGGAAGCACAGGGCCGCCGGGCCCGCCGAGGCCCAGCGCUUCCUGCGGGAAUGGGAGAAUUAUGCAGCACUGAUACAGCAACAAAUUAAUGAGGACAAACAAAAUUUGAGAGAAAAGACUGUAUAUGGAAUCCAGCUCACAGAAGAAAAACUUAAUGACUUCCGUGAUGAACAGAUUGGACAGCUGAAGGAACUGAUGGACGAGGCUACCAGACCUCAUAAAAAAGUCAUCAUUUCUAAAGACUCAGAUCACAAAAACUAAAAGGUUUUAAAAAUCGUUUUAAUGCAUACAGAAACAUUUUGAAACUUCCUUUUCCAGUUGGACUUGAAUGUGGUUUCUGUGGAAUAAUGGGCACUGCUGAUGCCAUAACUUGUCUGCAACGGGUGUCUCUGGCUAUUUGGCUUUCUAUGCAAGAAUAAAUGUUAAAAUGGAAUAAUCACAACAAUUUUAUGUUAAUUGCAAUUUUUUUUUCUCCUAAUGGAAGGUGGAGACUUAAAGAAUUUGGUAAAAGUAAAUUGACAUUUUUAAAAUAGGAAGUUUUAUUUUUUUUAUCUUGGCACCAUAGGGCGAAACAUCUUUCUGUUUGUAUAUCAUCCUCUGCCUUAAUGGAAAAGAUGCAAUUAGCAUGUUUUCUGAGGUAUGGUACUAGAGUGGGUUUGUUUCGAUGGAAAGAAAUGAGCAGUAUUAGAAAAACAUACUGCUGUUGAAAUUGAAAGUUGGUUUUCUUCUUGAGCUUUAUUGUGAAAUGUGCUUUAAAAUAAAAGAUGUAGUUCAUUAUUAAAUUGAC